AUGUACAAUUACAAGUACAAUUUCGAACAAAACUCUUAACAUCGAAUAGAAAUCUUAGAAAUGAGUGAUGAGAAAUGCAAAUUCAGUUUUGAAGGUGAUUUGUCUAUUGCCAAUGCAAUUCGAAGAGUAAUGAUUGCUGAAGUGCCUGUAAAGUGUUGGACUAAAUUAUUAGGUCAUGGCAAUUCAUUUCGUUGAUAUUAUUGAGAAUACCAGUCCCCUAUCAGAUGAAUUCCUCGCUUAGAGACUUGGUUUGAUUCCGUUGGUUUCAUAUGCUGCUGAUAGCAAAAUGUACGAUUGGGAAGCGGAUGCUGAUUCCAUUGAUGAUCAGAAAACUAAAGUUGUGUUUACUUUGAGAUAAAAAAAUCUGAAUGAUGCUCCCUUAGAAAUUACGAGUCAACAUCUUGAACCUGAAUUUGGAUAAGUGGGUGAAAUGGCUAUUAGACCUGUCAGAAUGUUUUCGCCAAUCAACGGCAAAGAAGUGGGCAUUCCCAUUACAAGAUUAGGAAAGAAUCAAUCUGUUCAUGUUCGUUGUCAUGCUCUCAAAGGCUUUGGUAAAAUGCAUGCUAAAUGGACUCCCAUCAACAUUGCAACAUUCAGACAUGAAGCGGGUAUAUUUAAAAAAUAAAUCAUACGCAGAACUCCUUAUCGAUCAUGUCUAAGCAUAAUAAUUGUCACUCUUUGAAAAACAGUCAAUCAGAGAUUCUUGUCCCAUGAAUGUUUUCGCCAUGGAUGCCAAUUAAGAACUUAUUGUCAAUGCCAUCGAAAAGUGUGUGUUCUGUGAAGAAUGUAUUCGUUGCGUAACUCCAUACAUUUAAUACUUAGGCUGAAUCAAUCAAGAAACCAAGAUUGAUCAAAAUGCAACAUAAAAAAAAUAAAUAUAUCUUCACUGUUGAAAGUGCUGGACAAUUGAAAGCUGUAGAUAUCGUAAAAUAAGUAAAUGCAUGUUUCCAUAUGUAGGCCUUGAUUGUUUUGCGAAAGAAAGUAGAUGAAAUAUCUUAAGAUCUUAGUUUUGCAUAAUAAUACUAACAGAUUUGA